ACUCCCAGUUAGCACUCGAAACGACAAUUAUUGCAGAGCAUUUAAAUAGGAAUAAAAAAUCUUUAAUGGAUCUCAAGGAGAGGAAUGAGAUGAUUUUCCUUGUACGCCCCCCCCACGAGCACUCGAGGUGCUGGUGCCGCUCCAGCUGCGCCAACCUCUGAGGUCGCCGCGGACGGCAGCUGACGGGGUUCAAUCCAAGUCAUGCAGGUGGUACGAAAGACGGGGUCUUGGCUCUUGCGGUCUUGGGGUUGGCCACCGACGCCCAGGGUCGUGGCCGGGGCGCCAGCCUCCACCAUCCACACCGGCGCCCAGCAGCUGCAAGACGCGGCGGCCAAGCAGGAGGUUGAGGAGAAGGCGGCGGCGGCGGCGGCUCCGGCUCCGAGCCGCAGCAGCUUCAGCAUUUACCCUCCAGUUCCAGGACAGGAGAGCCCUCUGAGGUGGGCAGGGAAGAAAUUCGAGGAGAUCCCAAUCGCACACAUCAAAGCAUCCUACAACAACACACAGAUCCAGGUGGUCUCCGCCGCUAACCAGCCCCUCGCCCGCACCUCCUGUGGCACAGAGGGAUUCCGGAAUGCCAAGAAGGCCACGGGCAUCGCCGCACAAACAGCAGGCAUAGCUGCCGCGGUGAAAGCUGCAGGCAAGGGCGUGACCCACAUCCGAGUGGUGGUGAAGGGCCUGGGCCCAGGGCGCUUGUCUGCCAUCAAGGGACUCACCAUGGGGGGCCUGGAAGUGAUCUCAAUCACAGACAACACCCCCAUCCCGCACAACGGCUGCCGCCCCAGGAAGGCUCGGAGGCUGUGAUGGAAAGGAAGCCUGUCCCUGAACUGUCAAGUCCCAUCUCCAGCUGGACAUCAUGUCGGAGCUCUCUCCGGAGCCGGGCUUGCUGGAGAACCCUCAGGGAGCAAGAGGGAGCUUUGCCCCCUUUCAUGAUGGCCUUGCUUGUUCCUUCAACUGGAGACCUGUGUCCAGAAGGGACUCAAGAGGACCCCCAGGGCAGCUGCAGCCCAGACUCCGCAACCCGCAACCAGUAAACGCUGCCUCUGCUCUGCAGAAAUAAAACGCUUUCUACCACCUGUA